CGCGGAAGGAAAGAAGAAGCAGAAACCGAGUUUAGCCCAUUAGCUAGCGAGCUAGUUUACUCUUUAAAAAGCUAUAUGUUAUUAUUUUAGCUUUUUAAAAUGAUGCCGGAAAUGAGCGGCUUCUCGCCGCCGCGGUGGCUCUCUCUCUGAGGUGACGCAAUGCUCCAGGAGCCUGCAGCAGCUGAAGAUCGACGCGUUUGACUAAGAAGCCGCAGCCACCGCCGCCAUCAUGGGAACAACGAUGAGCGAGCCGUGUAUUUACGAUAAACUGUCCGAGAGCAUUGACAUCCUCCGUCAGUCGGGCUACCGCUACGGCAUGUCGGAGAGGGAGAUCGAGAGGUUCAUCAAGCAGGUCUUGGAAACCAACGAGCCCAGAAGAGAUCCACCACAGUUCCCCAUCCUGAGAGCCACCAUCAAGUUUGUGGUGGCUGUGGGCUUCCUGCUGGUGGUGGUGCUGGCCUUCACUUACCCCCAGAACGCCCCUCAGCUGGGUCUGGUCAAUCUGGGCUGCUACAACUGGUCGUCCCCUCUCAGCCACGUCCGCCUGCUCUCCCUACCCAUCGCCAAGAAGUACAACCUGCAAGGUUUUCAUGAGUGGUGGAGUGCCGGCUCUCUCAGACACAGUCUGGUCAACUGUUCGGGAUGUGCGGAGAUUUCCUCGGUGCUGGAAGUCCCCGAGAGCCUCAGAGGGACUGUGACUCUGCGACGGGGGCCUCAGCUUGUCCUGCUGAAGGGCGGGGAGUCCCUGAGCGUCCAGCGGCAGCAGCUCGAGGAGCUCUAUUUGGCCCAUUCGGGCUCCAUGUCCAUUCUGCUGGAGGAGGACGAUGACCUGCACAACCACAACCUCGGCCUCCCUCAGGGACCUGCCAACUUCACGCUGCUCUGGAGGUUCAGCUCUGGGACCCGGGAGAAAGUAUUGAGGUGGCUCUUUCCAAAGGCUGAGCUGUGCCCCCUGCUGGACAGCGCCGGGACCAUCCUGCAGCGCUGCCUGGUCACCCACAGCACAAACUCUCAGAGCAAGGGUGUCAGGGUGCUGGGCUGGCUGGUGGUGGGUGAGGGGCUGCCAACAGUUCGAGUUCUGCCUGUUCAGCGCUGCCAGAAACACUGCAGCUCCUUCAACCUGUGGCUGACACCUGGAGACAUGGUAUACGCUGACCCUCGGUACUGGCAGAUGGAGCUCUUCCCCGGCCGAGGCCAGAACAUCAUCUGCGAUGGGUCGACCUUUUAAAACGUCAGGCGGUGCGAAGAGAAGAAAGGAGCAGUUCAGGGCUGGACCGUAAUGUGCAGGUUGGCGUUUCGGAGCUCCUCUGCUUUUCUGCAGCUCCGCCCACUGAUGCCUUACAAAGUCCCGAUCUUUUUUUUUUUUUUUCUGGUGCCCUUUCUUUGUGAUAAUCCUUCCAGCAUCUUCGGAGAGCUAGAAUCACUGCACACGUGGAAGUUUGAGGAAUGAAAAUUGAUUUUUCUUUUAACAGCUGAAAGUAAUCUGUGCUCGUGCCAUAGCUUCACACAGAUCUUGGGUGCGUUUCUCUUUAGUUUGCCAGGUCCAAGAUCUCCGAAUCACCACCAACACCUCCGACUAGUCAGUGAUUUUUAAAGCCAUGUCUGCUGUUGUGCUUGUUGGCAAGCCCUCCUUUGGUUGGAGAGGGGAAAAAAAAACAAAACUAAUGGGAUAAAAUUAAGCACAUUAUAUAUUUUUUUGUCUGUUUAUCGCCACGAGGGUCAGUGACACGAAACCGGAGACACCCUGAGCACCACGUAAGACCGAAUGCUGAAGAGAAAUGAAAUGAAUCCGCUGCCUGCUGGCAGCUGACACCGGGCUGGAUUAACCUGGAAAACUGUGGCAUUUAAUCUAUAAUAAUUUGAUUAAUUGAUCAAUAUAAACUGAAACUGGGAGUAAUCCAAUUAUAACCAGUAGGAACGCAGGGAGACCCCACAGCUUCUUCUAAUGCCUGCUUACAUUUUUGCACUUUCUGGGAACUUUAAAGGAAUUUUGGUGUAGCAUGGAUUCAUAUGGACGUGUUAAGGGAGUCGGACUGUGGUGAGAACGUCCAGCUGCUAACGAGCAGAUGAUGCUCCUUCUGAGUGAUGUCUCUGAGCUGAGUGGGAGCUGAGCUGCUCGGUGCAGGAGCAAACGCAGAAACUUGAACAAUUUUCCAGCUUUUCUAAUGCAUCCGUGAACAAUCACCACCUGUUCUGGCACACCUGCAGCUUCGUCUGGUUUUUUCCUGUAUGUUAAAGGAACAGUUCAUCCAAAUUUUUUGAAAACCGCACUAUUUUUAGUCAUCUCUGUGGUCUCUGAAACACAGCAGAUUUUAUUUGAAGUCUUUUUCAGUCUUUGCAUAAUUUAAAUAAUUUCCUUUAAAGGCGAUCUGUUAUUGUCCUUUCCAGCUCCUACGUACAAUUUCCAUGACUCACAGUUCAAAAUGAUCUUUAUUUAUUUUAUGCUGGCUUGAUUCAGUCUGUCUGAAACAAGCCUAGCUCCUCCCUUUAUGCCAACCUCAGCUGGUGGGUGGGGCUUCUUUCACUGAUUCUUAUUAUCUUUUUAAUUUGGUAAAAACUCUGGCUGUUUUUAGUUUAUUUUAGUCACAAUACAGCAUCGAUUGAGAUUUAGUGCUGUUCGUUCUCCAGCAGCCAUCAUCUAAGCAUGAUCACUGGGAGGGUUAAUGUAGAGGAGAGGCUCACUCUGGUGUUUUUCAGCAGCGACACGCCCCACAGUCCACUCUUACAGAGAAGACGGAAAUCGUACAGACAUAAGCCACAAAAAUGAGCAUGAACUUGAAUUACAGGUGACCGAAUCAUCAAUCACUUUGGGGAUUUGAGACGAUAUUGUGAAUUUUGUUGUUCGUAAAGCUGGUGAAGUUGAAGUUAUGUUUAAAAAGUCAGUUUUUGUGCGUGAACUAGAAGGGAAUCCAUAAAGUGGCGUCACGCUUCACCUUUUUAUUGUUUGUUCUCUCUAAAACGUCUGUCAAGGCAGAGAUGCGAGAGAAUAUAUGGGUGAACUGGCCCUUUAACAGCCAGUUUGCAACACUAACAGCACACAGCAGGAGACGGGACAGCUCUUACUGAUAAUACACACGAAAGCUGCUUCUCUUUAUUUCAGUGUCACUAUUUAUUGUUAUGGUUGUAUAGAAAUAGAACCAUUAAUUUUAAUAAUAAACUGUUGUAAUAUUAUAUUUUUGAUUAUAAAGUGGGAUCGUCAGCACAGAGAACAGUGGAGGAUAUAUUUUGCGCUCAAUCGGGGUUUAAAAGUCUGAAUAUUGUUGGAUACGUUUGCCAAAGUUUCCGCAUUUUAAACAUUUACAGCAGCAAAGCAGUUAAAGCAAAGUCAGGGGCCGCAUCUAUGAAAUGUUCGCUUUGCAGGGCGAUGUAACACUUUUAUGAGGAAAUUAAAACUUAUCAUGUAUUA